AUGAGCAGUCCGCAGUCUACACCCCUGCUGAGCUCUUCGUUCGCCCUCCGCUCUGGUCCAUCGCCUUUCCAGCCAGAAACUGCAGCUUUGGCUGCGGCUGAGCGGGUCCUCAGUGCUGUCGCACGGGGUGAUAUCGAGACAGUCGAGGAGGAAGUUGGCAAAGAGUCGGCUUUGGGAGGCGUCCGUGGCGUGUACAAUUCUCGAGGGCAAGCAUGUAUGCAUAUAGCAGCAGCCUAUGGCAAAACGAAGAUGAUUGAAUGGUUGGCUGACUCAGGAUGCAACCCAUCGGAGUCUUUGGCUCACGUGGGAAUGACACCCCUACAUCUCGCCGUUCUGAAUGGAAGAGCUGACGCUGUCAGAGAGCUUAUCAAGGCUGGUGCAAAUAUCAACUCCAGGGACAGUCAUGGGAUGACCCCUCUGACUUGUGCAACUCUACCGACCGAGUCUCAUGUCAAAGAAAUUGAGAUAGCUCGUGCAGCGUGCAAGAAAAUAUUGUUGGCGAAUGGUGCUAGGUGA